GUGCUGCACUCUAACCACUGCGUCACCUCGGCUCUAUAUACAAAACUUGCAUUCCAGUGAUAGUUUUCUAAUUUAUUUUUCAAUUUAAGUUCAAUAUCCCUUUCCCACCUGGAAGAAUUGUUCCUUUUCUUAGACCUCUGAAAUAACUAAGUUUUGUUCCCAGGCUCCAGUAGCUAGGGACACUCUGGAGAAGUUCUAUCUAUUGGUUGUUUCAUCACAUAAGAUCAUUUGAAUGCACGGAGAAGACAAACAAUCACACACCCUUAGAUUGUAAUGGUAACUGAUAUUGCAGUGUCUCUCUUUGUUUGUUAAACUCCUUCCUUAUCUUUCUGCAUCAGAGAAUUUCAUAAAUAGAACAAAUUUGCUUCCGGACUAUUUUACAUCCCUUCCAUUUCGGCUAAUUAGUUGAUUUUGUCUGAAGCUUUUAACUGGGAGAACUUUGAUCCUCCAUGUAUCUUCAGAUGUCUCUCUGCCAAGGGAAGAGUAUCAUGAAUUUUACAAGAGAAGCAAACUGGCAACAAAAAUGUUGAGACAGACUAGCCAUCAUUUUGAGGAAAACCUGACCAGAGAAGGAUUGUAGCUAUCAUGUCUUCACUUCUUGCUGUGACUAAACAUUUUGGUGAUUGGAAAGCAAAUUUACUCCUAAAGACUUGAUACAGUUUGCAUAUGCAAUGCAUAUCUAAGCCUAAUAUAUCUACUAGUUUACAGUAAAGAAGAUGUCAACUAUUAUUUGUGCAGUGCUACAUGUCAUCUUAAGUAUAUUUAUCCCAUCUGCUAAUCUACUGAUAAUCAUUAUCAUCCGUCGGUUGAAGAAGAGGUCAAGCAGAAACUAUGUCUUUAUCCUCAACUUGGCAGCUGCUGAUCUACUUGUGGGUGUGAUGUGCAUUGUGGAUGCUUUGGAUGAUGCAACAGAUGCACUGUUUGAUACGAAUUUGGUUUUUUGUCUUAUAAGGAUCUGCAUGGGUAUUACUCCUUGUAUUGGCUCUAUUCUCACCUUACUCCUGGUUUCUCUGGACAAGUAUUUGGCGGUAAAACUGCUUCAUUAUCCCUCCCUCAUGAGCAAGAAACGUGUAAUCCUCUCUCUUGUAGUCCUCUGGGUUCUCUCCUUCUUGGUAGGACACUUGCCACUUAUUUCUUCAGGAUUGCGGCAGAACAAAUUGAAGGGUAACUGUGGGCUCCUGUCUGCUGCCAAAAGUGAUUACAUCUACAUAAUCUGUUUCGGCAUUUUCACUCCUGCAUUGUUGAUCUUGGUGUUUUUGCAUAUCUCCGUAGGAAGGAUUGCCUAUCGACAGCAUAAGCAGAUCCAGCGCUCUUGCCUGCAUGCAGAUAUGCCUUCUGCUCAUCUCUGUUACGUCAAAGCUCUGAGGACUACCCUUAUUGUGGUUGUUUGUUUCAUUGUAUUCUGGGGCCCUUAUUAUGGGACUGCCAUUGUGAAAGCUACCUGUAAAUCCUGCAAUCUGAGCCCACUGUUACGGGAUUUUUUAUUCCUUCUCGGAGAAACCAAUUCACUGAUAAAUCCAUUUGUGUAUUCAUUGUACAACAAGGAUAUAAGGGCUGAGUUUGCCAGGCUGAUGAAAUAUAAGGGAAAAGGUCAAAUAAAGCCAUGUAAGUCUAUUGAUUUAGGCAGUGGCCAUUCCAACUUUGGAAUAUGAAAUGAUUUAUAAAAUGGAAUUAAAUCAGAUCUAAUUUCUGCCUCUUCUCCCUUCAACAGUUUUUCAGAUUAUAGAACAGUAUGUUCAAUCUCCACUGCAUAAAAACCAGAUAAGCACAGUUCUGAUCAAGAGAGGCUUUCCUCUCAGCCAUAAGUUUGGUUAUUUGAAAAUAAAGAUGGGUUAACUAGUAAGUAAAUAUUGAUAUAGUUUACCUGAUGAAGUAUUUUAAAACAGAUAAUACAGUGUGAGUGUCCUAUUUGUCUUCAUGUGGAUCUUUGGGAAACUCUACUCGUAAUAGUCAUAAUAGCAUAAUUGCUCCUGGUGUAUUUUGAAUAUGGUUUAAAGGAUUGAAAUCUAUAUUCAGUUUUUAAAAUUAAAUCUGCAAACACCUGAAGUAGGUAUGUAUUUAAAUCCCACCCUUUAAAAUGAGUUAAGAGCUCGCUAGUCAUUUUUUGAUUCUUUCUCUCUGUAUAUAAGAUAAUUUCAGAACAAUUCCAACAGAUGAAUAAUUUCAAAUUACUUGGAUAUCUCACUUAAAACUUGAAUUUGUGAACUAGUCCAUGAACAAAAAAAGAGCUUUUCAGCCUUAACCUUGGCAAUAAUGGCAUAUUAAAAUCAAGCCUUUUGUGAGAACUUUUCUGUAGUACUUUGACUAUUUAUAAACAUGCUGUAUGAAUUAAGUUACACACCAAUCAGUUAUUAGUGCCUCUGAAUAUAGUAUUAAACUAUGCGAGGCAGAUUUAUCUAUACCUUUAUUUCUGUGAUUGUGAAUUCUCUUCCAUGAGGUCCAUUUGCACUUUGUCUGGUUCUGCUUAUUUAGCUCUACUGCUACUUAAGAAAGCAUUUAGGACAAGUUUAUUAUUUGAUAAGCAUAUUUUGGGAGGGACUUUUUCAGGGUUGUGUCCUUUGCAAUUUUAUGGUUGUCCAUUCAUUUGGUUUCCUUUUUAUAGUUAGCUUCCUUGGGAUUGCUUUUGGGCAGUUUUUAAGUAAAUAAAUUGUGAUAAAAUAAACUAGGAUGAAAAAUGAAAAACAGAGUCCCUGCAAAUUGCACUUAUAUAAAUAUUGAACUUUUCAUACCAGUACAUCCUACUCCAAACAAAUCCCAUUGAUUUAAAUGCUUACAUCUAGGAAAGCAUUCAUAGGAAUAUAAAGUAUUUUGAUACAUAAUUGGGCUUUUAGAGUGCUUUAUUAACAUAGAUUCUUAGUAGAGUAUUUUGAUGAAAAGAAAUGGAAAAUAAGUAAUAGCCAUCCCAGCCCCACCUUUUUAAUUAUAUGUCCUACCAUUUUUGCUGCUGUUUUACCAUAUUACUCAAUUACAUUUUUUAAAUCCUCUCUACUCCUCGGAGGGUAUAAUUUGUUAAACACAUCUACUUCCAAUAGUCCAUUAACUCAAAGAAAAAGGAGAUAUCAAGAGAUAACAAGAAUUCAUAGCUUUUUUGUCCAAAAUUAGUUUGUAACACUAUGCCUUGAUUGGAUGAUAGUAAUAACAAUAGAAAGUGCUUAUAUAAAAUCAUCUAUAAAGUUGAGGAUUCAUCAACUACAUAUAUACAUAAAUGGAAUUUACCUAUGCUAAUAGAACCAUUACAAGUCAUGAAAUGGUGUUCAAGUGAUUGUGAAGAAUUUUAUUGCACCUGAACCAGUUAUGCAUUAUUUGAGAGUCUGGAAUGAUCUGCUGUGCUAAGAGUAUUUUCCUUUUUAGGACAAUCAUUCUGUAGUUUGGAAAAUAUCAGCAUCAGCAUUGUAUAUGGAAAGUUAUUUUCUGACCCUGGAACAUACAUCCUAGAAAAUAGUUUCCUCCAUGUGUAGUGGAUAACACUUCGUUAAUAUAUCAAGACUAGGGUUGUUUAUCAACAAGACAGCAUUGUUAAUAUAAAGGAUACCUUUUUAUUCUCUAUUGCUUUUACAGUUAAUAAAGGUGUAUUAGGUAUUUUUUGUAAAUCUGGACAUGAGUCUGAGUACUUACUGGAUGGUUUGAUUUCAGACAGUGGGAACAACAAAUCUUUUUUUCCCAGCAGCUUUUACAAAACUCUUAUGUGUAAUCUGAAAACAUGGCAGUGGCUGGUAGAAUCUAAUUCAAUCCAGAUUGUAACUAAAUGCAAACCAGUGGCUUGAGCAUCCUCAUCCUCAGCCCAACCAUUGUUUUAUUUUACUAUCUUGCUUGAAGAAGUGUGGAGAAAUAAAAGCAGAUGAAUUAUGAUGAAUUAGUAUGGACUUAAAAACCUUAUGAUUUUUUUUAACCAUAGCAAAAUGGGUUUAGAGUUUUAUGAAUAGUUACUGAAUCUUAUACCUUAUAAUUCAAUUUUCUUACUGAAGUUUGCUUCAUAUUUAUAUUUUCUAAUGCAACAAACAUAUAUCCAUAUAUAGUAUAUUUUAUGAAUACAUAAAUAUUAAAUAUAAAUAAGUUUACCUACAGAAUCCAACAGAUUAAUAAAUAUUAAAUAUUUUAAACAAGCAAGUGAUACUGUUCAGUCAACAUCAAACAACAAUCAGCUGUUGAUCAAACUGGUGAAUUUAGUAUUGCCAUUAUUAUCUUAUCCAGAGCACAGCCUAUUUCACAUUCUUUACAAAGGUAUAUUAAUUUCGAAGUCUGUUUCAAAAGAAAUGAAGGGAGCUGCAGUUUAGUCCACCAGUCACUGGCAGGAAAGUCUAAAUAUCUAUUCAGUUUAGCAAAGAUGCGAAGAAUCUUUAAUCUCUUGGCGAAGAGCAGAAGAUCAUCUUCAGCUACACACUUUGGCCAUGGAAGGUGUUCAGCAAUGGCU